CCCAUCUGUCCCUCACCGUCCCCUUACCAUGCGCCUCCUUUGUCUCUGCUCGUCCUGCAGCUGUGUGCUCUUGUUUUUCUCCCUCGGAGUCCGAGGGGCCCCAGAGGCUCCCAGGGCCCCCCCUGAGCAAGUCCACCUGUCCUACCCGGGUGAGCCAGGCUCCAUGACGGUAACCUGGACCACAUGGGUCCCCACCCACUCUGAAGUGCAGUUUGGCCUACAGUUGACGGGGCCCCUGCCCCUCCGGGCCCAGGGCACCUUCAGCCCCUUCGUGGAUGGGGGCAUCCUCCGGCGGAAGUUCUAUAUACACCGAGUCACGCUGCGGGGGCUGCUGCCGGGGGUCCAGUACGUUUACCGCUGCGGCAGUUCUCGGGGCUGGAGCCGUCGGUUCCGCUUCAGGGCCCUGAAGAACGGUCCCCACUGGAGUCCCCGCCUGGCUGUGUUUGGGGACCUGGGGGCUGACAACCCGAAGGCCUUACCCCGGCUGCGCAGGGACACCCAGCAGGGCAUGUAUGAUGCUGUUCUCCAUGUGGCAACUUCUCUCACUACAAGGCUCGCUUCAGCAUGCCAGGGAACAACCAAGGCCUGUGGUACAGCUGGGAUCUGGGCCCCGCGCACAUCAUCUCCUUCUCCACCGAAGUGUAUUUCUUCCUCAAUUAUGGCCGCCACCUCGUAGAGAGACAGUUCCGCUGGCUGGAGAGCGACCUCCAGAAAGCCAAUAAGAACCGGGUGGCCCGGCCGUGGAUCAUCACCAUGGGCCACCGGCCCAUGUACUGUUCCAACGCAGACUUGGACGACUGUACAUGGCAUGAAAGCAAGGUUCGCAAAGGCCUCCUUGGCAAGUUGUAUGGGUUGGAGGACCUUUUCUACAAACACGGGGUCGACCUGCAGCUGUGGGCUCACGAGCACUCGUACGAACGGCUGUGGCCCAUUUACGACUACCAGGUGUUUAAUGGCAGCCGAGAGAUGCCGUAUACCAACCCCCGAGGCCCCGUCCACAUCAUCACUGGAUCUGCUGUGAGCAGGGCGGGAAGGGGGCGCCUUCGGCUUCU